GAUCCAUACAAUCAUUAAGAUGUGAAAGAGGCAAACGAGUGGGUUUAAGGUAGUGGUAGAAGACACUGUGGCCAAGCAACACAGUAAUUCGCCUCUCUCAUUCUCUGGUCAGUACCUUCAGUGGUGUUAUGCCGAUCGGGAAAGCAAGAACUUAGAUUCAAAUUAUUAUAUUUCACACUUCUUAUCACAUAAAAGCAUUAUUAUUUUAUCAGUAAAAUUACUGUGAUAAUUAUAAAUUAAAAAAAAAAUAUAUUAAUAUAAUUUUACAACAAUAAUGAAUGUGUCGUGUGAUUUAACAGUGAUUCUUCGUGUGAAUUAUCCUAGUGCAAGUGUGUGAAUAAAUCAAUAAUUAUUUACAAUAAGGUGCCGGCAUAAUUUACAGUUUUCAUAUUAAUAUAUAUUUUUUUUUUUGUCUUUUUUAUUUUUCAACCUUAUAAGUUUUUUUUUUUAUAUAUAAAUGUUUGCUUCGAAAAAUGAAACGAUCAUACUGAAGUAAACCCUGGGACACGCAUAUGGGGUAGGAACCAGAAUGCAUUGGAUCGGUUACGUGGCCACGAUAAUCUGGUGGUCGACCGUCGCCAGGUCUCUAAGCACAUUAAAUCGAGGUCACAGCUACAAAAUCAGUCCAAAACCAUGUCGAAUACCAGGUACUCCAGGAAGUGGAAACAGUCAACAGGGUACAUGUAUGUUCGUUUGGGAGUGUAUAAAAUCCGAAGGAAUACACGUAGGUGUAUGCGUUGACACAUUUAUGUUUGGUAGUUGUUGUGCAAAAAAAGAUACGAAAACAACAAUAACACCAAUAAUAACAACAACAACAACCACGACAACUACCACAACUAUAAUACCGACAAUAAAUUGGGAGGAUAGUGUCACGACUGAUUUAGCAUUGGGAUUGUCUGAUACAACACUUGAUAUUAUUACAACCGUUAAAAUAAAUAAUAAAACAAAUGAAGAGGUGACAAUUAGGCCGAGACCGAUUCACGCGAUUUAUACUAGUCGUCCGAAGAGGCCAAGUUCGUAUGAAUUACAAUUAUCGCCAGCACGAUUACCAGACGAUGGUAAAAAUCAAAUGGUAGAAGAGGACGAUACAAACCAACGACUCCGAACAAAUAAUAGUUAUCAUCAUGAGGUGUCACCUGAUAAAACAACCGUUAUAAUUACUAAAACACCGUCACCUGUAUUGUCAACAUCACCAACACUACUAUCAAAACCAUUAAAUUUUCAAAACUCUACUGAAAAAGAAGAAGAUAACAUCAUUGUUAAGCAGGAAACUAAUAGUGAUCAAAUAGCAGCAGCUAGCUUAAAUUUGAUACGAACGGAGAAACCACCAAUAUCCUGGUUUUCAACAAGUACUUCAUCGAUUGGGUCAUAUUCAAUCACAAAAAAACCAACUUAUAGACCAGAUUCAUCUUAUUUAUCACCAACCAAAACUAGACCAAAUUUUAUAUCAAAGCCUCAUGAUUUGUCCCAAAAGCCAAAUAAAUUAUGGACAACAAUAAAGCCGGACAGUCACAACACAAGUACUACGACAGAAACAAGUACAAGUCAAACAAUUCAUUGGCGAGUGACAACAGAACCUGCAUUUAUUACCAAACAUAAGUAUCCAAGUCAUUUGUCGACGUUGCCAGUUUCUCAUCGUCCUGAUUACACAGCUCAUCCGAACUGGGAUGAUAAAACGUGGAUACAAACAACUGAUAAACGUCCAUUGAUAAAUGACGAUGAUCGUAAGGAUAACGAUGGUGAAACGACCAAUGAACUUUCUGACAAGCAUCGACCGAGUCAAAAUGUAAAUCAUCAACAACAAAAAAAAAAACCGAUAGAUUAUGCUAAACCUUUUGGCUCGUCAAGUCAUUACAUAACUUCUUCGGAUAUUGGCUCAUCAUCAAAACUAAAACCUACUCGAAAACGAAAACCCCAACCACCAAGAGUCACCACAACAACAGAUUACCCUGAAACACUUAUUCAACCGAGUCAUGAAACAUCAAUUGCAUUAAGCACAUCAACAACAAAAAUAUCACAAUCAACACCAAAAAAAACCACAACAACAAGUACAUCAACAACAUUGUCUCCGACAACGACGACAACAACCACAACUGAAAUACCACCAUCGACAACAAAAAAAAGUUUGUUAGGCUCAGUGCCAACUGUUUCAGCAGUUAUUGGUAAUGAUGAUGGUAAAAAAUCAACUCAAUGUGGUGUACCACCACUGUUCCCUCGACCAGAAACGAGAAUUGUUGGUGGCAAAGAUGCACCUUUUGGAAGAUGGCCAUGGCAAGUCUCAGUACGUAGAACAUCAUUUUUUGGUUUCUCAAGUACUCACAGAUGUGGUGGUGCUGUUUUAAACGAAAAUUGGAUUGCAACUGCUGGACACUGUGUUGACGACUUGCUAACCUCACAGAUUAGAAUCCGGGUUGGUGAUUACGAUUUCUCAUCUGUUCAAGAACGCUUACCUUACAUAGAAAGAGGUAUCGCUAAAAAGGUUGUUCAUCCCAAAUACAAUUUCUUCACUUAUGAGUAUGAUCUUGCGCUUGUAAGACUUGAAAGUUCACUUGUUUUUGCACCACACAUAUCGCCAAUAUGUUUACCAGCAACUGAUGAUCUUCUUAUUGGUGAAAAUGCAACAGUUACUGGAUGGGGAAGACUAAGUGAGGGCGGUACACUGCCGUCAGUACUUCAAGAAGUGUCUGUGCCCAUUGUGAGUAAUGAUGUAUGUAAAUCCAUGUUUUUGAGGGCAGGAAGACACGAAUUCAUUCCAGAUAUUUUUUUGUGUGCUGGAUAUGAAAAUGGAGGACAGGAUUCAUGCCAGGGAGACUCAGGUGGUCCUCUUCAGGUUCGUGGAAAGGAUGGUCGGUAUUUCCUCGCUGGAAUUAUCUCCUGGGGAAUAGGCUGUGGAGCUGCAUCAUUACCAGGAGUCUGUACACGAAUUUCGAAAUUUGUACCUUGGAUUCUUAAGAAUGUUGCUGAUAAAAACUCAGUGUUGUGAAAAUUAAUUAUCACAUCGUGAAUAAACGAAUAUUCUGAAUUAUAUACAUAUGAUAAAUAUUUUAAAAGGGUAAAUAAACUAAAAUAUUGAUAAUCAAUCAUAGAAUAAAUAAUUGCAAGUAAAUCUUAGCCGGAAUCAAUAGCAACAAUAAUAAUAUUAUUAUUCCGUGUAUGGAUUACUUGACACUUCUUUUUUAUUACUGGAUAUGAAAAGAAUAUAGAAAUAUAAAAAGAAAAGAAUAAAAAUUCAUCGUUAUAAUAGUAAGCAAUGACAUAACUAAAAAUAUUUAUUGUUAAUUUCAACGAGUCAAUUUUAAAAGACAUAAAAUUGCUAAAAGCAAUUAUAUAUUUUUUACAAUCUGUAUAUUAAAUUUUACUUUUAAAUGUAAUAACUCAUUCGGUAAAUUUGUCCUUUAUUUAUAAGCAUGAAUAUACUCUCAAGUAUUCUGAGAAAAAUAUAUUAGUAAUAAUAAAUAAAAUCAGAACUAGUUGAUCAGAA